AUUCUCUGUCUCCAGUCUCUUGCUUCCUCAAUUCCCCAUUCACUGCGAGUGCCAAGGUAUAUCGGUGUGCUUCUUCAAUCCUCUUCGGUUAUUGUUGUGUUCAUGUGAGGACGAUUCCCUCUGUUUCGAGGAUUUUGACUUUGAUAGAGGGGGGGGGGGAGAGAGAGAGAGUGUGUGUGUGUGUCCUGUUUCCAAGAGGUAUGAGUUGCAACGGUUGCCGAGUGCUUCGAAAAGGUUGCAGUGAGUCUUGUAUUCUGCGGCCUUGCUUGCAGUGGAUCGAUACGCCCGAAGCCCAAGGACAUGCCACUGUCUUCGUAGCCAAGUUCUUUGGCCGCGCUGGUCUCAUGUCCUUCAUCUCCAACGUUCCUGAGAAUCGAAGACCCGCUCUGUUUCAGUCCUUGUUGUUCGAAGCAUGUGGGCGAACGGUGAAUCCGGUGAACGGAGCGGUCGGGCUUUUGUGGACAGGAAACUGGCACGUGUGCCAGGCUGCCGUUGAGACGGUGCUGCGUGGUGGUACGUUAAGACCCAUUCCCGAGCUUCUAGGCUUGGCUGCUCCUACUCUGGCUGCAGACGAGGCAUCCGAGGCGGAAGUUGCGUGCACCGACAUGUGGAGCAUCAGGGAUCCGAACCUGAGUUCCCGGUUCACUAAUUCGCGAUCUAACAAGUUCUCUUCCUGCAAACGCAAGCCAUCAGAUGAAUCCAAGCAGCCUCAAACGGCUGAUCUUGAUCUCCGGCUGAUGCCUACUUUCCUGCAGAAAGGGUCAGGCUACAGCUGCAGACCGGAAAUCGGUCGGCCGGGUACCCCGUCGAUGAACUCUGAAGAAUCCGUGACGACGAUGGCGUGCUUGGAGAGUGGACCUGGAGUUUACUACGCACACGCCGGAGAGCCCAAACUUCUCAAUUUUUUCGCGUGAGAGGUCUCUCCUCUCUGUCGAUCUCCGAAGAGGUUCAUGUUUUAGUGAAUCGGAAGGUCAUACGGUCGGGUAGUCUGGCGCAACAUCCCUCUUUUACUCCUUAUUUCUUCUUCUUUAAGUUUUCUUAUUAAUUUUAUUUUCAUGGAGAAGAGGAUUUUUCCCGGAAUUGCAAACCGGCGAGAUUUUGUAAGAGCCACCGACACCGGAUUUCUGUGUUAGUGUCCAUAGAGCAGACACGGAGAAAUGUGAGGGUUGGUCGGUGAUUCUUUAACCUCUCUUUCGUUUUGUUUUGUUUUUGUCUUGUUUUGCCCCCUUGUAUCUAUAAGCCUAUGAGCUAUGACCGUGCGACGUGAAGAAUAAUAAUAAUAAUAAUAAUUCUAAUUAAAUAUCUCA